AUUUUGCCCGAGACCCAACACUUGGAUAAGUGGUGCUGGAGGGGACGCUGCCCUCUUACUCUCCCCCAUCCCUUGUACCACGGUAGGUCUCAAAGGGUCUUCUCUGGUGAGUGUCGCCGACUGACCAGUCCCGCUUCUGUUUCAGUGUCCCGCUGCCAGCCAGCCCUGGCGCCACGCGCCUUCCAUGCGUCAGCUCUGCAGCUGAGGGCUUCAGAUGAGCAGAAGCACCGACCUCCCCCUCCCUUUUCUCAGCAACAUUCUGAGACACAGGGGGCGGAAGAACCCAGUCCGGAGUCUUCUCGUCCACCCCCCAGGUACACAGACCAGGCCGGCGACGAGGAGGAGGACCAUGAGAGUGAGGAGCAGCUGCAGCACCGCAUCCUGACAGCAGCCCUGGAGUUCGUGCCUGCCCAUGGGUGGACGGCAGAGGCAAUUGCAGAAGGAGCCCAGUCUCUGGGCCUCUCCAGUGCAGCAGCCAACAUGUUCGGGAACGAUGGCAGUGAGCUGAUCCUGCAUUUUGUGACCCAGUGCAACGCUCAGCUCACCCAGGUGCUGGAAGAGGAGCAGAAGCUGGUACAGCUGAGCCAGGCAGAGAAGAGGAAGACAGACCAGUUCCUGAGGGACGCAGUGGAGACCAGACUGAGAAUGCUGAUCCCGUACAUUGAACACUGGCCCCGGGCCCUCAGCAUCCUCAUGCUCCCUCACAACAUCCCGGCCAGCCUGAGCCUGCUCACCAGCAUGGUGGACGACAUGUGGCAUUACGCUGGGGACCAGUCCACUGACUUCAACUGGUACACCCGCCGGGCCGUGCUGGCUGCUAUCUACAACACAACCGAGCUGGUGAUGAUGCAGGACUCCUCCCCAGACUUCGAGGACACUUGGCGCUUCUUGGAAAACCGGAUUAACGAUGCAAUGAACAUGGGCCACACUGCCAAUCAGGUGAAGUCCACUGGAGAGGCACUGGUGCAAGGACUCAUGGGUGCAGCAGUGACGCUCAAGAACCUGACAGGUCUGAACCAGCGCCGGUGAGCAAGAAGGGGUAUAAGCUAGCGUGCCCAGAAGAAAACCUGCGGAUAUAUUUAAAGGACAUUGAACAGUAUGAAGUGCCAGCACAGGACAGGACUCUGAGUCACCACCACAGCCACCUGGAAGCCACAGGGCACUUGAUGAUACAGUUGUAGCCUGGGAGUGGGCCACUUCCUCAGUUCCUAGUACCAAGCCGGCUUCCUGAUGUCUUUCUGCAGUUGUGUGAUUGACAACUGAGGCUCUCAUCCAGCGUUCAAGCCACAGAAACCAGCACGGCCUGUCAUGUCUCACAGGCACCUUGGUCAUAUCUUAACCUUCCUAGAAUGCUCUCUGGGACUCCCAGGUCAGAGUCAGGGUCUCAAGCUACCCCUGUGGCAGCUGAUCCACAGCACAGCACAGCACAGGCACGUGCACCCAGAAGUGUCCCUUGCGGCCUUUUUCCUCUCCAGCAGCCUGAGAUACUGCACCUGGGACCCCCUCAGAAAGCUGCCACAUGAGACAGGUGCCUGCUGGACAGUGGUUCACAGCCCGACCCGGGGUGUGAUCUCAGGCCUGGUGUCGCAUUACACCAGCGUGCGUGCAGGCUUAUUAGUGAACUUAGACUCUGUAAUAAUAAUAAUAAAUAUGUUUGAAUCCA